CAUGUCUCAGAAUGCGCGCCCACCUCAGAAUCCUAUCCGGAGUAUCUUAGGACGUCGACCACGAACACCACAACCGUCGACCGUAGCCAGCGUACCUGCAGGCGCUAACGUCCAGCCUUCUAGAAAGAAAUUCGAUGCAGGAUGGGGUGCUCUUCGAGAGAGCUUGAAGAUCGUCGAACGUUGCUCCGAUAUGUGUCUGCCUCUCAAGGGAGCUGUAGGAUGUCUCUUGGGCGUUAUGGAAUACGUGGAGAAAAUCAAGGAUGCGCAUGAAGAACUCAUCGCUAUUGCCAGUAAAAUUGAGGCGUUGAGCGGCAUCCUCACCCGUUAUGCUAACGGUGUACCGCCCCACAUCGGUCAACGCUUAGAGGCUCUUGCGAAGGCUAUUGAUGGCCAUACCGCCAUGAUUGAUGCGAAGAAACAACGCGGGUUGCUGCGGCGAAUACUUGAAGCGUCAGGAGACGGUCAAGAUAUCGUGAGAGCGUUUCGUGACAUCUCCUUCCUUAUUGAUGUGUUUACCGUGCGCAUUCAUGCCUUCUUCGUCCCCAGUUUAAUUCUGACGAUGGCUCUUGAGCAGAUGCAUACAUCGAUAAGCACCGAGAAUGCCGUAAAUCAAGCAGCACGCGAUGCUUUACUAGACAGGCUUCAGCAUGUACCAGAUGCUGAAUUCGACCGGGGCGAUCGGACAACUUGCAUGGAAGGCACCCGAGAGGCGCUCUUGAACGACAUAGUUGCUUGGGCGUUAGACCGCAGCAGUCCAGCCAUUUUUUGGUUGGAUGGAAUGGCCGGCACUGGGAAGACCACCAUCACAGAAAGCUUCUGUCGCAUCUUGGACUCUAAGGGUAUUCUAGCGGGAAGCUUUUUCUGUUGGCGCACUGGCUCUGCAGCACGCAGAUCCGCGCGACGUAUAUUUCCCUCGCUGGCGGUUUCCUGCUCUCGCACAUUUCCUGCCUUCGCCGAAUCAUUGACGGAUCUUCUCGUAAAGGAUCGUGAUGCGGCCGCGUUUUCGUUAACUCCUCAGUUCGAAAUACUGUUCGAAAAACCACUGCAGCGGGCUUUCAGGCCAGAUAUGCCGAUACCCGUGCUUGUUAUUGACGCAUUGGAUGAGUGCGAGGAUGCAGAUGUCACUUCAAUCUUGAUCGAUAUCAUUCUGAAAAAAGCUUCCUCAUGCCAUGUGAAGUUCUUCCUGACCAGCCGACCGGAGGCCCGUAUCCGUGCUAAAUUUGCGGAUUCUCAUUCACCUCUGCAUUCUGUGCUUAGACUUCACGACAUAGAGAAGUCUUUGAUCUCAGCCGAUAUCGAGCGUUACUACCGUCAGCGUCUAGCAACCCUUCCUCGGCGGAUGCUAGAUGGACAAAGCCCAUCAGCUCAUGGCAAGAUCAUGACCCGACUCGAAGAUCUCGUACACCGUGCGAACGGACUUUUCAUAUAUGCGUUCACCACUUGGGAUCCGAAAAGCCGGUUGGACAACCUACUAAUCGGACUAAGACCAUCAAAAAAGGCUGGACAGCAUCUCGAUGAACAUUAUUUCCGUAUUAUGAAUGAGGCAAUGAUCCAGCAGGACGAUACAGAAAUUGCAGACAUGAAAUAUUCGAGCCGCUCUGGAGGAGAGGCAUGGAUCUGUUGCGGGUCCUCGGCAUCCAGAAUGUUCUUGGACAACAAGCUUAUACGAUUUAUCCGCAUGGCUUUAGCUAUGUUCGACUUCAUCAAGUCUGAUAGAUAUAGAGAAAUCAUCAACAUGGACGAGGGAGAGGUUUCAGGACCCCUUCUGGUCGGCCAUACUGAUACAAUCAAUUGCAUCGCAUUCUCUUCCCAGGCUGAGAUGAUUGUUUCUGGAGGUGACGACGGGACAGUUCGAGUUUGGUCUUUGAAUGCCCAAGAGGUGCUUAGUGUAUCACUUGAAGGGCAUGAGAGUGCUGUAACUUCAGUGGCUGUCUCUCCUGACGGACAUAUUCUUGCGUCUGGAUCACUCGACCGCAGUAUUCGAAUUUGGGAUGCACACACCCAUCAACCCCGAGGCAAUUUGUUGGAGGGCCAUACCGGUCCUGUAUACUCCAUCGCUUUCUCCGCACAGGGAACCAUGAUAAUAUCUGGAUCAAAAGAUCGAGCUCUGCGGGUCUGGGACGUCGCCACAGGUACACUUUUCUGCGAGCCUCUGGAGGGCCAUGAUGAGGCAAUCACGUCGAUAGCUGUGACCACAGAUGGCCGGACAAUUGUAUCGCAAGCAAGGGAUGGAACUAUACGACUCUGGGAUGCUCCGAUCGAGAUGGUAGACACCGUCAAUGCCACUCAUGAGAUCCGAAGUGAUAUACGCAUUCACGACACCUCCCUUUUGUCUUGGACAUUCCAUCUUCAACUUGGGCAUCGGUGGUCGCGUCGUCUCGACGAGGGAUAUAUCAUGAAUGCUCAGGGCGAAAUAAUCCUAUGGGUGCCGUAUCAUGCUAGGCAUAGUCUUAUGACACCUCGCACACGACUCAUCCUCGGCGCAGAUGCUAUCUAUCUUGACUUUUCGCGCUUCAAGUACGGGACGUCAUGGACGGAGUGUUACACUCCCGACGAAGAGGAUCAGUCAGGCACUAUACCGUCCGAAAUUGAAGGAUUGCCUGUGUAUGGUCCUCGUAACUUCAUUCCCUAG